AUGAGUGUCGGUGCUCCGAGGGGCCUGGCCAGCUCCGGACAGAAGCCAAUCACAGACAUCAUCCACCCGCUGUGCGCCGCAGACGAGCCGCUGUCCCCGGGGCCACAGGUCACCGUGAGCACAGGCAGAGACAAGGAUAAUGGGAUGACCAAUGGUACGCCUGUAGAGACGUCAAGCCCCGCCUCUGCGUCGUCACUGCUCAAUCGGCUUCAGUUGGACGAUGAUCUGGAUGGAGAUGCCUCCUCAGAAACUCGGGACUUGUUCGUGACCGUGGACGACCCAAAGAAGCACGUGUCCACCAUGGAAACCUACAUCACCUACAGAAUCUCCACCAAGACGACACGGAUAGAGUUUGACCUGCCAGACUACAGCGUGCGGCGGCGCUACCAAGACUUUGACUGGCUCCGGAUCAAACUGGAGGACAGCCAACCCACACACUUGAUCCCUCCGCUGCCAGAGAAGUUCGUCAUGAAGGGCGUGGUGGAUCGCUUCUCGGAAGAAUUUGUGGAGACCAGAAUGAAGGCUCUGGACAAGUUCCUGAAGAGAGUGGCCGAUCAUCCGGUCCUCUCCUUCAACCCACAUCUCAACGCUUUCCUCACUGCAAAGGACUUGAACAAGCGUCAGGGUCUGGCUCUGCUGACCAAAGUGGGCGAGUCGGUGAAGUACGUGGCCGGCGGGUACAAGCUGAGGGCGCGGCCGGCAGAGUACACGGCCAUGGGAGAGUAUCUGGACAGCUUCAGCGGGAAACUGGGAACGAUGGACCGAAUCACGCAGAGAAUACUGAAGGAGCAGUCAGAAUACCUGACAGAGCUCAGGGAAUAUGGCUCAGUGUACAGUAGCUGGGCAGCAGUGGAGGAUGAGCUGCAGCGCCCUCUAGAGGGAGUGGCGAGCAGUGUGUCCACGUGCUGCAGAGCCAUGGAGGAGCUGAGCGAGAACACCAGCCAGGAUUUCCUUCCGGUGCUCCGAGAAUACGUCCUCUACAUAGAAUCUAUGAAGAAUGUCAUGAGGAAAAGAGACCAGUGUCAAGCCGAGUACGAAGGUCGACUUGAGGCAGCUGUCGUACGGAGACAAGAAGAAAGAACUCCAAUUCCAGCAGACGUGGAGAAAUGCCAGGACAAAGUGGAGUGUUUUAACGCAGACCUGAAGGCCGACUGGGAGCGCUGGCAAAGGAACAAGAGGCAGGACUUCAAGCAGCUGCUCACGGGCAUGGCCGACAAAAACAUCAGCUACUACGAGAAGUGCCAGUCUGCAUGGGAGUCGCUCAUCACAGUUCUCCAGGAAAAACAGACAGAAGACAAAAGCAUUUUGAGGCAGGAAGAACCAUUUUAUCAGGCCCCUCCCGUCAGGUACUAA